UUUACUGGGUCAGUCGGUCGGUUUAGCAUAAUUAUUUUUUUCUUCUUAACUUCUUCUAUUGUUCGUACUUCUAAGUUAUUAAUCGAAUAAUAUUCAUGGUUACAUUCACAUUUGAAAAAUAAAUACGCCAAAAUGCUUCCGGGCAUAGGAGUUUUCGGCACUGGAGCCAUUGCGAAAGUCUUGGUGCCAUUCCUUAGGGAAAAAGGUUUCUCUGUUGAAGCAAUUUGGGGCAUAACUCUGCAAGAAGCCGAAGCUGCUGCAAAGGAACUGAAAAUCCCGUUUUUCACUAACAAGAUCGACGACGUAUUGCUGAAGAAGAAUGUGAAUUUAGUGUUCAUUGUCUGUGCUCCCAAUUUACACGCUCAGAUAUCAGUUAAAGCUCUGGGAAUCGGCAAACAUGUCGUCUGUGAUAAACCUGCAGGCCUAUGUCAGGCAGAAGCCCUGAAAAUGGUCAGAGCCGCUCAGUAUUAUCCUACACUGAUAUCUAUUGUUAAUCACUCCCUACGUUUUUUGCCAGCCUUCAGUCAUAUGAAGAAAUGUAUACAAGAUGGCUAUUUGGGCAAUCCUGAUGAAUUGACUCUCAUUGAUGUCAGAGUCCAAAUGGGGCCCUUAGUUGGAGACACAUACAACUGGUUGUGUGAUGAUACAAUGGGUGGUGGAACCCUGUCAUUGGUUGGAAGUCAUGUAAUAGAUCUAGUUAGUUUCCUCACUGGACAAAAAGUUGUCAAAGUCCAUGGAGUUCUGAGAACAUUUGUUGAAGAAACUCCAAAAGUGAAUGGCAUCAGAAAAAUAACAGCUCCAGAUUUUUGUACUUUCCAAUUAGAAAUGGACAAAGGCCUGCUGGUGACAGCUACACUCAACAAUCACUUGCCUGGCCCUUGUUUUAAUCAAGAAAUUUAUGUUUGCAGUAAAAAUGGUUAUUUAGUAGUGAGAGGUGGGGACUUGCAUGGUAGAUUGCAUAAAACAACUGCAAAAGCAUACCCAGAAGAGGAUGGGAAAAGGCCACAUGAAAAAGAAGAAGUUAUCUAUGUUGAUGUCGAAGAUUUGAGCUGUGCAUCAAGUGUAGUUCCUAAACCAUACAUCAAAGGUCUAUGUAAAAUGAUAAGUGCUUUGAAAGAGGCAUUUUUGCCUGUGAAAGAGCAAAUGGACUGGAUAAAAGAACCAGUGAGAGCAGCAGCUAAUUUUGAAGAUGGGCAAAGAGUACAGGCCACUAUGGAAGCGCUGCGUCAGUCGAACGAAGAUGGUUGCUGGAUAUCUGUCACACUGCUGACUGAACCACCAGACCCUAACCCAGCGUUGUCAGCUGCAGUGAGGCGUACUGCCAUAUCUCUACAGUGAUUUAAGCUAUAUGCCAUUAUUGUGUACCUUUAUUAAAUGUUAAGUUAUUUUGAUUAGUUUAAUAAUUAUCAUGUAAGGCAUUGACUUUUCAACCGACUUCAAAAAAAGGAGGAGGUUCUCAAUUCGAACCGUUUUUUUUUUUUUUAAACUUCAAAUAAUAAGUUAUUUCAAGCUUAUUUAAUUUUAAAUAUUAUGUUCAUGCUUAAAAUUAUUUCUAGGUGGUUUGAAAAAGAAAUGUAUUAAUUAAUAUAAUGCUUUUCAACUUUUUGCUUGACCUACUUUUAUCCUGAAAACAUUAUUAGGUAGGUAAGUACUAAUUUUAUAUGCACAUAAAUUAGUAGUAUUACAUUUGUAGCAGGUUGUUGUGCAAGUAUUUUGGCUUUAGGUGUCAUGUUAUUAAACAAACAGGUUAAAUUUUUUAGGUUGCUAGGUAGGAACAGCAUAAACAGCAUUCCACUAACAAUAAGAUUCAGGAUUAUGAUCACACAAAUAGUUAUUGUGCUUGUGUAACUUUAUCAUUUCAUUAUUAUUUUAUUGUUCAAAGUAUUUGAAAGUCAGCCCACAACAGUAUUAUAAAUGAUAAGAAAUACUGAUGUUAGUUUAUUGCAGAAUUUAAAUAUUUUAUGUGUAAUGAAUGAAUGAAUAGUGUUCUCAUCAGUCUCAGAAAAUGCACAAGCGUUGCUAUUUACUGGGGCAAUACUGAAACUGAAAGCUUUUUCUGUACAUUAUAUCAAUCAUUGUCCUAGAGGUGCUUUUAAUUUUGUAAAUAUUAUAUUAUAUUUUAGGGCUAUAAUUAAAGCAAGUUAAGUUUUCUCAUGAAAUGUAUUUUCUUUUAAUCACUAUUUUAAAUGUAAGUAAUAUGGAACUGCAAUUGAAUCUUGAUUUUAUCAGUAAGCCUCUGAAAUCAUGUGAUAUCAAACUAAAAUACUGUUUGUUGCAUUUUUGUACAAAAUAUAAUGCUUAAACAAAUUCAUUUGUAUUAUUUGAGUUUCACUAUGAUUUUCUUAGAAAAUCUCCACUAUGGGAGUUAUUAACAACACAACCUACUUAGUUGUUUUGGUUAUUAUCAGGUAAACAGUAGUGAUUAUUAAAAUCUCAUUACUGAGAUAAGUGGCACAUAAUGUUGGUUUAUGUUCACAAAAUAACCUACCUAGUACCUACAGUAGACAGUGAUGCAACAUAACCUAUAAAAUUUUCAGAUACAAAAUGCUAUGAAGUGGUGACAGAAAGUAAAUAAAAGAUAGUGUUUAUAACAAUAUUAUAAUUAGAAAUGCAACGUCGUUAACAUCAAUGCUUCGGCAACCGGCUUAUUACACAAUCACAUGUUCAUUCACUACAAAUUCUAAAUGACUAACAGAACAGAACCAGAAUCAAC